AUGACGUCAUUUAGUUAUGAGAAUAGAAAAGGAAGUGGUAAGAAAUUGAAAGUACAUUUCGAUCUUCCGGAAGAUGAAGAUUAUCCAAUUGAUCAUAUAAAAAUGAAGCAUUCAAGUUCUUCAAUUUCAUCAGAAUCUUCACUAGAUUCAGAUGAUAGUGAUAAAGAUAUAGACAAAUUUGAAGAAUCUAAUAAUGGCGGUUACGGUUCACCGGUUUGGAGUUUUCAAGGUGGAGGAUCAGUGAUACAUUCUCCUCCAAUUCAGUUGAUGAGCACUAACUCUAAUUUAGGAUAUGAUCCAAAUAGGAUACCUUCUUCUGCUUUUGGCCCUAAACCUGUGAACCCUAUGGAAUGGAGUGUUGCAUCAAAUGAAUCAUUGUUUAGUUUACAUUUUGGAAACAAUAGCUUCUCAAGGGAACAAUUUUUAGCAUUUAAAUCUGGUGAACUCUCAAGGACUAAUGAUUUAAAUGCGACUUCGUCGACGAUGAAACUAGUUCAAGAGGUAAAUAGUAGUAAUGAUGAGAAUGAAGUAGUUAACGAGAGAACGUCUUUAUCAUCAGAUUCUUCUCAUGAUUCAACAGAUACAUUGGAUAAAACAACAAAUGUAAUUUCAAAUGUCGACGAUAAAAGAACAUCAAAUGUUGAGGAAAUUACGUUGGAUGAAACUCAUGACAAUCAGAACAAUGAAGAACCUAAUGAAGCUCCUGAUGAAGAACCUAAAAACUAUGCCACCAAUGUCUCGUAUCGUUCAGUCGAAAGUGAUAUGAGCAACCGUUCGUUUCAAUUUCCUAUAUUGACAGCUGAAGGAGUAAGAACGAGUUCAGAAACUGUAGAAUCAGAAAAGAAAGAGAAAAAUGAAAAACAACAAUCGAUACAGAAGCUCGAUAGUUCUAAAUCUGAAACAAAACAAAAACAAAGGGUUAGAGGUUGGCGUUGUUGUUCGUGCUUCUCUUGUUCACCUUGUUACUAA